AUGAUCCUGAAGGCUGUGAUCAUGUCCCUAGCCCUGGUGGCUGGCAGAAGUGCUAUUCCCGAGAUGAAUGAUGACAAUAGUAACUUUGCGUUUAGUGCUGAUGCUGUUGCCACUGUGGUGUGGGACUAUCUCAGCCAGCUGAACAACAAUGCCAGUGGCACUGUGGAACAGAUUGCUGAACUGACUCAGAAGCUCAAAAACAUCUUCAAAGAAAAUAUGUGGUUAAGAUUUCAUGACAAAUUGUUUCCUGACGAGAUGGAAAAGAUGCUGGUGACCUUUGCCCUAGACCUGUACAAGUGCCUCACCAAGGACCUGCAGAGAAAGAAGGAGGAGAUCCAGAAGGAGCUGGAAGACUUGCAGGUGGAAAUAGAGCCUCAUUUCCAAGAAGUGAGACAGAAAAUCAGGGACAAUGCACGCCUGUUGGAAGAGCACCUGGAACCCUACUCCAGCGUGUUAAAACGCCAUGUGGACAGAAUGAGUUUUUUGAAUGCUCAGGUAAUGAAAUGCAUCAAGGACUUGGAGAAUGGGCCGAGUGACAAUGCGGAGCACCUGCAGGCCUUGGUGCCUUCCAUGCCUAACAAGAUCAAGGAGAACAUCACCGUGAAUCUACUGAAAUUCCAGGCGAACCUGAUGGUAUUCAAGCAGGAAGUUAAGAAAACGAUCGACCAGUUCAUGAAGGAGCUGAGCCACAGCUUGGCCCCUUUCUUGAAGGACAUGCAUAAACUCGACCACCAGCUGGAGGGCCUCUCCUUCCAACUAAAUAAGGAGAUGCUGAAGUUGGUGGCCAAUUUCUCUGCCAGAAUCUACGAGUUGUGGAAGCUGUUGGAUCCCCUGCCUGAUGCCAUGCCGAAGGUCAACAAGGAGGAGCUGCAGAAGUUUCUGUCUAAACUGAAUGGAAUAGUCGAAGAGCAGGUGAAGAUUUUCCAGUGCAAGGUGUCCUCCUAUAUUGAAACCUUCAACAAAGCAAUGGAGCAGAAAGUAGAAGAAUUUGGCCAGAAGCUGGAAACACAUGCAGGGUACAUGGAGGAUCACUUGAUCUUCCUGGAGAAAGACCUGAAGGACAAGGUUAAAUCUUCCUUCAAGAUUCUCAAGGAGGUUCAGAAUAGGAACAUUGAGAAUUUACCUAACCCUCAAGGAGCAGGCACAGAACCCUGCCCUUUAGUGCAGAAUUCCACCGGUUUGGCAUAG